ACGAGUAAUCUAGCCAUGAGCAGGCGUACCUAGUUUUAAUGAGGAAGAAUUAGGCCCAAAAACCUUUUUAUCCGGCCCCAAACGCGUCAACUGUGUACUAAUAAUUCUCCAUUAACACACUCUACUCUGUCAAAUUCUCUCGCCAUUCGCCAUAGCUUAUACUUCACCGAGAAUUACAUAUAUUUUUCAUUUUUUUUGAGUAUAUAUUGUCAUCAAAAUUUGAUGUCUGGUUAUUAUUUAAAUCUAAAAUUUUCCUGCCACUUUUCGUUUUCAAUUCUCUCUUGCUUUUCCUGAUUUCCGAUAAUUUCCAAUCGUAUCUAUUUUGUUUCCUCUUUUUUUCUUCCAGAGCUCAGAGAUCGAAAAAGAUUCUCACAUUUUCCUUUUUGCGUUUGAAGAUUGGUAAAUGGAAAUUUGGAGAAAAUAAGAAUAAUUCGUUGUGAAAAUUCUAAUAAACAAAAGCAAUUUUUUAUUAAAAGAAAACAAGUAAGAAAAUAAAAUAAAAAUGACAGAAAUGGAACCGUCGAAGAAAGUGGCAGAUAGGUAUUUGAAACGCGAGGUUCUCGGUGAAGGCACUUACGGUGUUGUCUACAAAGCCAUCGAUACGAAGACAGGACAGAUUGUUGCAAUUAAGAAAAUUCGUCUUGGAAAGCAAAAGGAAGGGGUUAAUUUUACCGCACUCAGAGAAAUUAAACUUCUGAAGGAGCUUAAAGCCCCCAAUAUAAUUGAGUUAACAGAUGCAUUCCCACUCAAGGGUAACUUGCAUCUUGUGUUUGAGUUCAUGGAGACUGAUCUUGAAGCUGUUAUUCGAGACCGGAAUAUUUUUCUCUCACCAGCUGACAUCAAAUCAUACAUUCAGAUGACUUUAAAAGGGCUUUCUUUUUGCCACCGGAAAUGGGUUUUACAUAGGGAUAUGAAGCCAAAUAAUUUGCUGAUAGGACCCAAUGGUCAGCUUAAACUUGCUGACUUUGGAUUGGCACGCAUAUUUGGGAGUCCAGAUCGUAAGUUUACUCACCAGGUCUUUGCUCGAUGGUAUAGAGCUCCUGAAUUACUUUUUGGUAGCAAGCAAUAUGGUUCUGGUGUGGAUGUUUGGGCAGCUGCCUGUAUAUUUGCAGAACUUCUCCUACGACGACCAUUUCUACAGGGCACAAGUGACAUUGAUCAAUUAGGAAAGAUCUUUGCAGCUUUUGGGACCCCAACAUCUUCUCAAUGGCCAGAUAUGUUAUACCUUCCUGAUUAUGUAGAAUACCAAUAUGUUCCUGCACCACCUUUGCGCUCCUUGUUUCCAAUGGCCAGUGAUGAUGCUUUAGAUCUAUUAUUGAAAAUGUUUACUUAUGUCCCAAAAGCUAGGAUUUCAGUGAAGCAAGCAUUAGAGCACAGGUAUUUUUCAUCUGCACCUCCACCUACAGAUCCAGCUAAGCUCCCUAGGCCCGCUCCUAAAACGCAAGCAUCAGAUUUUAAUCCCCAGGAAGGUCCCACUGUCCUUUCUCCCCCAUGGAAGUCAAGGAGAGUAAUGCCUGAUCCUGAGAGGUUUGAAGGUAAUUCCAACCAAAAGGAGAAGAUCGAUGAGCGUGUUGGUGAAGUUCGACAGGCAGUUGGUGAAAUUGCAGGAAAGGUUGAACAGGUACCAAUGUCUGUAGAUUUUUCAAUCUUUGGCUCAAAACCUAUGAGUAGGCCUACAAUUAACAGUGCUGAUAGAUCUCAUCUGAAGAGGAAACUUGAUCUUGAUUUCCAGCACAAUGAAUAAGAAAAAUAAAAGUCUACAAAAUUGUAUCUUUGCCGGUAUCGUGUUUAUGCAGCGUGGAUAUUUAUGAACUAUAUGGUGGCUCCUUGGAGUUUUUUGUUAACCAACCAAGGUGGGUUUUCUAUAUCCGCAACUUGGUUUCCUAUACAAUCAUAAAGAAGCUGAAGAUUUUUUAUUUUUCAGAGGGAUUUUUCUUCACUCUGAAGGAAGAAGCGACAGGUGACUCCUUUUAACAUUUUGAUGAAAUUUGCAUUAUUAUUAGCCCAUAGAAGGUAAAAAUUAAAACAUAGCUUGGUCUACAUAAACUAGACGAGAAAAAGAAUAAUUCUUUUUUUUUUUUUUUUUGUUGUUGUUGUUGUUGUUGUUGUUGAUAUUUUGGUGCUUGAUGGUUCUGGUUUAUACAAAACUCAUAAAUGAUGUCUUAUUUAGUUAGUCUUCUUAUUUAGUCAGGCUAUUAUUGUGAUUGAAUGGUAUGGUCCAGCAGGGUAUGAGAGUCAUCACUCAUCAGUCAAUGCUUUAGUUUUAAGUUGUGUUCCGUCGUUCCUGCAUGUUUUCGACUUUUUGCAAGUGGUUAGAGCUUUCCCUUUGGCCUCUAGAUGAUACAGGUUCAAACCGCGUCAUCUUUUUUCCGUCUUAAUAUUGGGGAAGUUUUAGCGUGAGCUCCAACAGCACACCAAAAUUCAUCAAAUUUCUCUAGAAGUUGAAUAUUUGGUAUGAGAAAUUUUAGUAAAUCUUGGAAGUUGUGGUUUGAGCGGUAGAAUUUCCCAAUAUUGUAUUUGAUAAAAAACAAUAUUUGUUUACCAUAUGAUUGUUUAGAUCAUUGGAUGCGCUUAUUUAUUUAGAUUUGGUAGUUUGUUUAUUCAUAUUGUUAAAAUUAUCAUCAUCAUUAUUUUUGAAAGGAAAGUAUAAUUAAUAAA